GUUAACGUAAACAGACCUACGACCAUGAGUUUAAAUUUUAACUCUAUUGAAAUAUUAAUUUAAUUCUAUUUACAAUUUAAAAUCAGUAGUGAAGCUUCUUCUUUUUAGCCACAAAGUGCGAGGGGCGCCACUGUAGAAUAAUUUGUUUUUCACGAAAAUUGUGGAAACAAAUAUUUACAACAGCGAGUUUAAAUGUAAUUCGUGAAGGAUUGUAAUGAAAAAGAUCUCAUUAUAAAAAUGAAAGUUUAAGCGAGGACAUGGCUUUCUCGAAUUUUUUAAAAAGCUUUAUUUUUAAACAUAAAUCAUUGUCAAAGAGACAUAAUUAUUUAACACGAUUGUUUUCAAAGAAUAUAAAGCUUUUUGAAAAAUUCGAGAAGACGAUAUCUUCCCUUAAACCUUCAUCUUUAAAAUGAGAUCUUGUUUAUCAAAAUCGAUCGAAAAUGACGUCUGUAUUUAUUGUUGAUAUAUAUCCUUAUAAAAGCAAGGUUAAUGAACAAUUUUUAAAUAUAUUUCAUAUGGGCGCCGCAUACGUCGCCAUGUUUGAUUUCUUUUAAUGAAAUGUAAAUAGAUACAGAUCAUUCGUUAAUUUUAUCUUGUUUUUAAUAAUUAUGUUUAUAACGUAAUAAAGAUAGAUUUAAUAUGUGAUAUAUUAUUUCAAUUAAUAAUAAAAGGAAGAAUUUUAUUUACGUUCGCAAUAUGUGAUUGACAACGGAUAGUAAUAAUUGUUAUAAUUUAUAUAAUUGGCACAUAUAAUAUUAAUAAAAUAAUGGCAGAAAAAGGUGCACAUUUAACUGGUACAACGUGUACAAAACCUUCCAUCUUCGAAAUUAUUGCACAAGAAUCUCUUGCAUAUACGCUUGAACCUGCUUUUAAAAAGAUUUUAUCAUUUGUUAUAUCCUUUAAUCCUGAAAGAUAUGGGCAUUUACUUGAAUGGUCUGACGAGGGAUAUUUGAUUUUUAAUACAUUCCUUCAACGAUACUAUUUCAGCAAAUAUUCUGCAUCAUUUUCUGAAACAUUUUAUGGGUUAAAACGUAUUUCACUAAUCGAUAAAAAGUUUCAUGAUCAAUUAUCAGCAAAACAGAAAUAUCUUUCUUUGAUGUUUCUUGUUUUAUUACCAUAUUUUAGAGAAAAGUUGUCUAAACUUAGUUAUCGAUAUAAACUUCAAGAAGCUGACAAUUAUAUACCUAAAUCAAAGUGGGAGAGAUUUUUCAAAACAUGUGUUAUUCAAGGUCAUAAUAUUUACUUCACGUUAUAUGAGUCUAUAACAUUAUGUAAUUAUAUACUUUAUGUAUCUGGGAGAUCAAUGUAUGCGACGCCGUUAUUAAGGUUUCUUGGUAUUGUACUUACUUAUUCAGAAACAAGGAAUAUUGUUCCUAUUACCGAAUUGUUGCACAAAAUUAGAAGCAGUUCUUUCACUAUUAGCGAUGGUUUAGAUAUAAUUCAAACGACAGUUGCUAGAUCUUUUGAAAUUGGAGCAUUCUUUCUACAAUUCUUAUCUUGGUGGACCCAAGAGAAUUAUUUUACCGAUAUAAUGGCACUUCCAGCUCCAUCAGCUCCAAAGGUUAGACAUUCAGCGGUAAAAUAUAAAGGACUAUGUCCACUUUGUAUGAAAGUGCCACAUAUACGUACAGUACUUAUGGUAUCAGGGUAUAUAUUUUGUUAUCAAUGUAUUUUGUCCGAAGUGCGGAAUAAGAAACGUUGUCCAGUAACAAAUUAUCCGGCAAAUGAAAACGAUUUAAUACGUUUAUAUAUAUGAUUUAAUACGUUUAUAUGUAAAUGAAAUACGAAACAAUGUAAAUAUUGAAACAUUAAAAAGGCAAGUAUAUUUUUGAAUAAAAUUUA